CAGCUUUAAAGCAACUAUUGCUCUCACUGAGGAGUCAGAGGCUGGGAAGAUAGCACACAUGUGUAUGUGUGUUUAGUGGAGGAAGCAAGCAGACAUGGUCAAAGUGUUUCUGUUACUGCAGGGCCUGCUGCUGGCAGCACGGUCUGAUGUUUGGCCCAGAGCUCAAGAGCUGAAAGACGGAGAGGAGGAGCAAUUAAAGCACAUACCACACCAACACCAAGGUGAUUGGGAUCAUGGAGACCAAUAUGGACAUUUUGGAGCAGGUCAUCACAGUGCUGGAGCACAUAAAGAAAGCCCUGAUGUCUCUGAAACUGUACAUUACCCACUGGAGCAUGGGCAUGUUAACCCCAAUCACGGGCAUCCAUCUGAGGAUCUAUCUGUGGAUUCAGAAAAUGGUUCAGCAGAGACCUACAGCAAUAACAAUCCAACACGCAUGGGAAACUGGUGUGCAUUUGUGCAAAAGCGUGUAGUCACCAUGGCAGUGUCCUGCGGUAGUGAGAAAUACAUUAUCAAGUCCCAGAGUCCCUGCCCUAAUGGGACGCCAGACUGCCAUCUGGUCAUGUACAAGCUGUCUACUCGGCCGGUGUACAGAGAGAAGCAGAAGAUCUUCACAGCACUCUUGUGGAGAUGUUGCCCUGGUCAUGGUGGAGAGAACUGCGAGGAUAUUGUGGAAAACGGCCAUGUCUCUGAAAUCUCCAAUACUGACAUCAGGCUUCAUCCAGGAGGUCCAGAGCUCAACGAUACAGGAACUGAGAUGCUAACCCACCACCAAAACCAGGAGCAGAAUGACCAUCAAGAGUCCAGGCGUUCGCUAUAUGAGUCCCUGAGGUCUGAGGAGAACCAAACGGAAGAAGAGCACAGCUAUGACUACACUCCAAGCCAACACACUGGCCAUAAGCCUCAUUAUGAGAGAGGCGCGCCCUACGCUGUGGAUGAUGGACACAGAGAUCCUCCACCAGAGACACAUUAUGCAAAUCCCGGGCUUGUACCCAUCCAUUAUUUAAAGGAUGUCAUGAUGUCUCAUCUACAGCCCAUAUUUGACAGCUUCAACCUGACACUAGCACGCCUGUCUGAGGAGGUUCAGGAUUUACAGAGGGACAUGACCAAGCUGCAACUUCAACAAAUGCUACAGGGAGAGUCCAAACCGGCAGUAGAUGGAAUAGGUGAGGAGUCGGAGCAGGAGCAGGACGUGGCAAUGACUGAUAGCUUUCAGCAGCUGGAGGAACUGAAUAUGCAACUUGGCCUUCAGCGUGAUGAGAUGGAAGAGAAGCUACAUGCACAGCAGGCCAUGUUUUACUACAACUUGACCAGUCUGAAGACUGACAUGGAUGUCCGAAUUAAACGCCACCAGAAGACGCUACAGAUGAGUCUCCAUUCCCUAAAUUCCUCACUAUCAGAGGCAAGAGAGAAACAAGAGCAGUUAGAGGAGGAGAUCCAGAGAGUUUUGACACUUGCAAGUCAGACACCAAGUCCUGGUAGACAGCCUCAAGAUGACACAGCAGUCUGGGAAGCCAUUACCCGUCUGGACAAUAAGGUGGUCAAUAACACUAUACAGUUCAGUGCCCUAAACAAACACCAAGUCCAAGUGUCAGAAAAAAUAGAACACUUGCAAAAGGGCUGGAAGACCUUAGAGGAGCGUGUAAUCCAGAAUGACCGCAAGAAUGAGGACAGAUACAUUGAGGCUUUCCUAGAAGUGGAUGCGGCAAAGGAGGCAGUUGGAAAAUAUGCUGAUGACCUGUCAAAAAAUGUCUCCAUUCUCCAAAGCACAGUCCAGGACCUGGAGAUAGAUACGGACUAUUUGUACACACAGUUCUAUAAGAACAUGAGCUCCGGUAGCAGAAAUUGUGACUGUACUGGCCUUAGCACAACUGUGGCGCAGUUGAAACAGGCAGUAUCUAAUAUAACAGUGAUUGCAAAUGAAAACAGGCUCGCUCUAGACAGUGCAGCAGAAGAGAGGUUAAACAUUUGGGAAAAUGAUGGAUGGGGCCCACCAGUGGAAGAGAUAAAAUUAGGCUUACACACUGUGCAGAACUCACUGGCGCUUGAGCAAGAGAAGCGCAGAACACUACAACAAAACUUAACCAUACUCCAGACCUCACUUUCAGGCAGUCAAAAAGAUGUUGAAGCUCUACAGCAAAAGGACAGUCAGAAAUCUGGCGAGAUAAAACGCCUGUUCAACUCUUUUAGCUCUCUGUUGAAAGAUGCCAUACGUCAUACUGAUGUACUGGAAAUCCUCCUUGGUGAAGAGGUUUUGGAGUUUAUGGACUGGUCCCCACAAGACCAGAAAACCUACUCCAUCCCUGUGCUGAAGAUGCUGAUCAGCGACCUGCAGGAACAGAUUAACGGACACAGCCGAAGCCUGGCCUCCAUGCUUAACUCUGAAGAUCCCACUGCAGAUGAACCAAUGGAGCUGGCAGAAGGGAUGGCAGAGGAUCUCAAAAGGAGACAAAAGGAACAGAAAUUUGACCAUUUCUCAGAGGACUCUAGAGCUUAUAAAGACUUCUUUGCUUUGGAAAAAACAGUGGAACAGCUUCAAGCACGUGUCGUCAAACUUGGAGAACAGCAAUGUCCAUCCUGCUGCGACUGUACCAAAGGUGCCGCUUCCAGAGAUGUAGAUGGAAAACUGCAAGCCGAGUUGACACAUGUGCGCAAGAGCCUUGACGAUCAUCUCACGAUUUUCAACAGCGUUUUCAGUAAUACUGGAGGUCUAACAGAGUCUGAAGUGAAAGUAGAUUUGGAAAAAUUGUCUGCAUUAAUGAAGAAAAAAGAAUCCAAACUUCAAAGAAAGAAGCAUAAGGAGAGAGCAGAUACAAGAGGUGCACAGCGCAGCAAGCGGGAUACAUCACUUGAAACGGCAGUGCACAGUCAGUUUCCUGAGGACCCACUCAUGUUUGUGGCCAGCAGCAGAGACGGUGUUAACACACCUGGUACAGUCGUGUUUGAAACCAUGUCCCUAAACCAUGGGCAAAUGUACUCACCUGAAACAGGCACAUUCCGAGCACCUACUGCAGGAGUUUACCUGUUUGUGUUGACGCUGGACUUUGGGCCUGGGCCAUCUUUAGCCCAGCUGAAGAGAGGAGAGGAAGUGGCGGCAUCGGUGCAUCAGAGCAUGAGGAAGCCAUUAGGACCUGCUACUCGUGUCUGCCUCCUACAGCUGCAACAGGGUGAAGAGGUCCAUCUAGAACUAGUGCAGGGAACACUGGAGCAUGGGAAGCCACAGGAGAACACCUUCGCUGGACUGCUGCUCCUACAGACCACAUGAGCACACGUUCACAUCUGAAAGCGCAAAAACACACACACUGGGAUGAAGAAAUGAACAAACUUCAAUAUCUUGAUUAUUUUCAAUACAGCGCUUUUUCGAUUUCUCCUGAUCACUGAUUUGUCACAAGAAGCCUCUUGUACAUGUUCAUUGGUAUAGAUGUUUGCAGCUUGUGGCAGUUUUAUAAGCAUCUGUAUUGUUUCAGAUUUUCAAAUUUGGUCUAUUUGAAAAUCAAUACUGACUGAGAGACUUCUUUCCAGGCUUAGACUGUGUGUGUUUAUAGAUAUAACGUACAUAUGAUGGCUACUAUUACAGGUAGGUUGCCCCAACUACUUCAGUGAAAAAACUUACCAUAUAUCUGUAUAUUUCUGCUGCACCUUAAAACACAGUUGCCAAAGUUAGGUCAUGUCAUUAAUGCAUGCUACUCACACUCUCGUCUCAUACACAUUUGAAAUGACCCACAAGCACUCAGACUCAUAUAGUAAAUAUUUACUUAAAAUGAAUACAUUGGACAAGUAUCAUACAUACAGUAUUUGUAUUUUCUUGGCAAACUCAUAAGGCACCCAUUCAACCAGAAGUUAUAUUAAAAAGGUGUGUAAUAAUUACAUACCAAUAGUUACCUUUUAUCAUCAGAGGGCAGGGCAGGGCACAUUUAAAUAUCUACAUCAUGUUAGAGAUGCUAGUUCAUUUGUUAAAGUGUUUCAUUUUAUAAGUUUAAUUGGGAGAAACAGGAGUAAAAAAAAGAAGUGUCAUGAAUCACAGCAUGAUUGAGCAAGCUGCAAGGAUAGCAGUGAGAAAUGAGAAUGAACAACAGACACGUAGUUGCCAAUGUUUAAAAAAAAAAAAAAACUUUUGCUUUUCCAAAACAUUCUCUUCUGGCCAAAGAGUGCAACCAUUUCCUGUGCUAUUUUAUUCUAUUGUACACUGAACUGAACCUUGAGUUAACCCCAUCAUCUUUUACAUAUUUAUAUUUUUAAAGCAAAUUUAUUUUUUGAAGAGCAUUUUAUCAAACUUUUUCAAACUUUAUCAUUUAUUUUCCUGUAAUUUUACCUUUGCAAAACGUGAAAACUUUGAUAAAGCAUAAUAUAAGUCUGGCACUAAAAUGAGGACUGUUGGUUUACACUUCCUGUACGUAUAGACCCAUGUCAUGGUUUUUCACAACUUGUUUCACUGGCACGGAAAGCAAUAAAGGUAACGCAAGGCU